AAAAUUGCACUGCUGUACUGUUGCUGUCAUGUUACAAUUUAUGUGGUGGCGGUGUGUGGGAAGUUGUUGAAUUAAUUAAGAACAAAGUGUUUUAUUUGACCAUUACUUGACGUUUUAUUAUUUUGCUUUUGAUAAUUACCUUGUAUUAGAAGUCCAUCAAGUCAUAAAAACUAUAUAGAUAUUGCUCUUAAACGAUAGUUAUUCCAGCCUAUGGUAAAAAAAGUUGUUCACUGUGAAUCAAGUUCUUGAAUUGUUCAAAUAAAACCAGCUACUGGUUCCGCCUCAGCAAUUUACAAUGGUUUUGGUAAUUUCUCAAGAAACUUUUAACGAUGCUGUUCGAGAAAAUAUUGAAGAUUUAGGUUUAACUCCAGAUGAAGCUUUAAAGGAAGCUGUAGUUCAGUUUGAAUCACAGGGUGUAGAUUUAAGUUCUAUUAUAAAAGAACUCAUGCUUGAACCAAAAUCAUCGGAUGCCAUUGAGGAUAGAAUUAAACAACUGAAUAAUUUAAAUAAAUCUAAAGCGCCUGCCAAGGAAAUCCUAGAGAUAUUAGAAGCUUUAAAAGCAGAAUGUGACAAGGGCAUACAAUAUAGAGUAAUAGCUGGACAACAUGACGCAUAUCCGAUUCUGUUAGAUACUCUAUUUAAUUACAGUGGCAAUGUUGAAGUUGAAAGAAUUUCUAUAAGAACACUCAUAUCUCUUAUGACCAAGCAGCCUGAUCUUUUAGAUGACAGAGGUAUUGAAGCCAUUUUUUGUCAUCUUGAUAAAAAUGAAGAUUUAGAGGUAAAGAGACUUACUUUAAAAUGGGCCAAGGAGUGCUGUGUUAUGCAUGAAAAGAAUAGGCAAAAUAUCUUUGACGCCAACAUUUUAGAGAAGAUAAAGGAAUUACUACACGAAGGUUCUCCAGACAUAUUGAAGGAAACGAUGGGAGUUUGUAGGGCUUUGGUGCUUGAUGAUGAUAUCCGUGUGGAAUUUGGUAAAGCUCAUGAACAUGCUCGCGUUAUAGCAAGCGAAUGCCUGUGUCUUCUUACAAAUCUUCUUAAUCGUUUUAGACAUGAUGAACAGCUAAUUUGUGAUCUGAUGCAAACUUUUAGUGUAUUACUUGUUAGAACAGAAUUCUGCAAAAAGGUAGUUGAUGCUGGAGGUCUAGAUCUAAUCAAAGAAGUUAUUACAGCCUUUCCAAGUAGUCAAAAAGUCCAUAGGCAGUGUUUCAAAUUAUUAAAAUCUUUAGCAGGUAAUGAUGAAUGUAAAUACAAAAUCAUACAGAAUGAUUUGGCACCAAUUAUUGUUGCUGCAUUAGACGCAAGCAAGGGAAAUGUUCAAACAGCGACGGCGGGACUGGCAGCUACAGCAGCUAUCUGCUUACGAAGUCCAGACAACAGUACUGAACUUUUUAAAGCUAAUGUACCUAAUGUCAUUGUGGAAAUAAUGAAAUUGUAUCCCAAUGAAAAACUCGUGCAGAAAACAGCAAGUUGGGCCAUAAGAAAUAUGGUUUCUCGUAGUAAAUACCAAUGUGACAAGUUUCUAAGUUUGGGUCUAGAGGAAUUGCUACAAAAAAAUUUGAAGAAAUUCAAAGAGAUAGAAUAUGAUACAAAAGCCGCCUUACGAGAUUUAGGUUGCAAAGUCAAACUUAAUGAGGAAUGGACUGGGAAAGGUGGAUUACUUAACACUGAAGCUACUACUCGCAAGAGUUAAAACGCUGGAAAUUUAAUAUUUACUUAUAUUAAUUUACUUAUUUCGCUUUAACAACUUUUCAUACCAUUUUAUAAAAAUAUAUAAAAAAAAUGUAUUUAAUUUUACAUUAAAUUAUACUAUUCUACUAAA